AUGCUUAGAGCUAAAGCUUUAAGUCCAUCUAAGCAGUCAGUGACAGAAAAUGAACGUGAAGCUAUCUGGAUUGAAGGAGCCGAACCCGGACGUGCUUCCAGUCCACCCGGUAUAUCACCAACGGGUUACAGUUAUCAAUCUUCAGCAGCAUACGAAAGUGAUGUACCUGAAAAAGGGGAACAAUGGAGCACGCAGUACAGUUAUGGUGGCAACUAUAAGCAUUCACAAGGUCAGCACUGGGGUACCGGUCACACGAAUCAUUACACCACUGACGACACUGGACCCGCUGUGGACAGUGACAUAACGAAUCCGGGUGUGUACAGCCCACCAGUGCAGGUGCAAGAACAACUGAAAAACCAAGCACAACAACCAAGUUACAUCAUUACCAACACUGAAUCAGUUCCGGAAAGCGAAAUAACGAAUCCGGAAACUUACGGCCCGAUAGUGCAGCAGGUGCAAGAGCAAUCGAAAAGCCAAGCGCAACAACCAGCAAGGAGUUAUGGUACCGAGGAGGGUUGGGCGAAUGUGCCUAAAGCAUUUGUUUAUGACGAACAGGGCAGUAACCAAACGACUCAACGAACCACUCCCAAAUUAGGCUUUUAUGGAAAUGAGGUAAAAAGCUGGCCUAGCUGGCCAGCCAGGAAUAUAAGUUGGCCAAAUUGGGUACCGAUCAAAGGGGAUCGCUACGAAAAGCAGCCUGCACCCUGGUGGGAAAAGGGAAGCCAACAGGAGCAGCGUGCGCCUGUAUUUUCGUGGACUAGCAGUGAUGGGAAGAAAGGAAAGAGGAAUGAAAAACCUUAUUGGUCUGGUUCUGUUGGCUGGACUGGUGAUCUUGGUGGCUUUGACGAGGUUCCUCUCCCCCCAUGGUCUCCAAAAUAUUAUUCUGAUAAUUAA